CCUCUGACUCAGAAGCAGUAGUAUCAAAAAAUGAAGCUUCAGCCUUUAGGUCCUGCAUUACAGCUUUUAGAUGUUGAACUUGGGACGCCAAAUCCUUACCCCUUCUGGUCAAAAUUUCAGAGGUCUGUUUGGAUGUUCUGUCAGCAUAAUAACCCUCUCCCAAGAGUACCAUAAAUUCAUUGGUAUGAAUCAAUCGGCCAGGGAAAAAUGCAGCCUUCCCAAACGGAACCUAAAAUACCAAAACAAUACAUCUCACACAUUCAAAGUACAUUCCCAAUAUCUAGUAUCGGGAACAGAUGUAUAUAUAUAAAUAACAACUUGCCAUGAUAUCGUGGUGGAGUUUGUCGGGAAGGCGCUGAACAAGAUCGAUGAGGCUUCUGUUUUCAGCGACGAAGUCGUUUAGCUGAUCCAUCUGUUUCCGCCGCUCGGCGAUGGCUUCGUGCACACGCUGCAACGCUUUCUGAGCUUCAUCCACCGGAAUUAGUGAUGAGAGUGACGUCACCGUCCCUUUCACCGGUUCUCCCAUGGCUUCGAGUACUGGAAUUGGGGAAGAACUACAAUCUCCGCCGAAUAGCCGGCGUCAGAAAACUAGGAAAGCCCAGUCGCUGUCGGGGUUUUAGAGCGGUUUUUGAACCUACGACGUCGUUUUAUCGCCGCAUUUAGUACUUCUCGCCUUUUCGAAAUUGCCCCUUUUCUUUGCUUUUUCGCUCAAUUUCGAGGCCAAAAGUUUAUGUUUUUCACCCGCAGCCGAUUGGAUGAUUGUUCUUGUCUUUUCCACCCCGACUCAAAUUUCUUUUGCGUACAGAGUACAGCCGCCCUACAAGGAGGGAAUCCCAAAACGGCUUUUCCGCCCAGCAACAAGCGUAGAGAUAGAAAGUUAACUCUCACUUCUCAGUUCCCAAUUCUUUCUCUCUCAACACCUAUGCAUCCUAUUUUCCCUCGAUAGAUGAACUAUCAUGUUUGAUCGGAACUUCUUUCAAUAACUACUAGUAGAGAUGGAUUUCUGGUUUGGAAAUUGAACUGUGAAGACCUCUCUUGUUUCAAAUGGAAAUUCUACUGCUUCUUAGUAGUAGUUGAGCUCUCAACCUCUUGAUCGUUGUUUUCGGUGUCUCAUGUGGUGGUUGUCGUGGUUGGGUCGCUACCUUCCAAUUUGACUUCUUUUCAAGCAACCUAACUUCCUCUCUCUCUGUCUCUGUCUACAAUUUUAUUCUAAAUACCCUAUCAGCUAAGCUGUUUCGUGGAGGAGAAGACUUGAAACUGUUUUUGAAAUGGGCGCCUUGAAAAGAUUGGAUCUUUGGGGUGUGGGGAGAGGAAAUUGUGAGAUUUUGCUGAGAUUUUCGUGGGUUUUGUAUUUUGCCUUUUCUCUCUUCUGUCCGGCGAUUGCCCUCAGACCUUUAAGGGAGAGGUAUCAGUCCUGGGGUGACGAGUGGCUCUUCGUCAGGAAGGAUGAAAAUCAAAUGGGCCCAUUUUCUGCUUGGAAUAUCACAGGAACAUAUAGAGGGUCUUGGAGGUUCCUAGAUUCAGCAAAUAUGACUACUAAGUUUCCUGACUUCAGGAAAUCUAACGGCAAUACUGUCCUUGAAUUGAUAAGUACUCCAACAAAAAUAACAGGUGUACACUAUAUUCAGGGGGUGAUGGUUUUCCAUGAUGUUUUUGAUAAUGAACAUGAAGCUACUGGUGCUCAAAUUCGUGUAGAAGGUGUAUACAUAUGGCCCUUCAGACAACUCCGUAUGGUAGCUUACAGUGGCAAAGAGGGUGAGUUCAGCCAUGAAGAUGAGUAUCUCUUAUCAAAUCCUUAUCACCUCCUUGGAGUUUUUUCGUCCCAGGUGUUUCAGGAGUCUCCUCGUGAUAAAAUUUGGAAAAGGAAACACUCACCAAUUUAUGAAAUGGAAAAGCAUUGUAACAUUGAAAUUGCCGCACAUAUUUCCCGCAUCUCAUCCACCCAAAAUGAUGAAGAUCAUGAUAGAUAUCAUUUAGAAGGAUUAAUGGAAAGUCCUUCAGUAAAUGAUGAUGGAGAUUGCUUUUCUCCAAUCCUAUUGAAUGCUUCUUCUAUCAAUGUUGAGGUUUACUACAACAAAGCAGUGAACUACACAUUGAUGGUCACCUUUGUCUCAUUUCUUCAAGUUUUAUUACUGAUUAGGCAAAUGGAACACAGUAACACCCAAUCAGGUGCUGCCAAAGUUUCAAUUUUGAUGAUUGGGCAACAAGCUAUCAUGGAUGCUUAUUUAUGCCUUUUGCAUCUGACUGCUGGGAUACUUGUUGAGUCCCUCUUCAAUGCUUUUGCAACUGCUGCAUUCUUCAAGUUUGUGGUUUUCUCGAUUUUUGAGAUGCGGUACCUUCUUGCCAUCUGGAAAGCAAGGAGACCUAUGAAUAGCGGAGAGGGUUGGGAAGCAAUGAGACGUGAACUCUCAGUUCUGUACAGUCGUUUCUAUGGCAUACUUUUGGGUGGCAUAUUGGUCAUGUAUGAAUUUCAUAAGUUUCUACGGAUCAUUCUUCUCCUUUUGCACUCUUUUUGGAUACCUCAAAUUUUAACUAAUGUCAUUCGUGACUCGAGAAAACCGCUGCAUCCUCAUUAUAUCUUAGGAAUGACUAUUACUCGGCUAGCAAUUCCAUUGUAUGUCUUUGGCUGUCCUCACAACUUCAUGCGCAUAGAGACAGACAAGAAAUGGUGUGUUUUCUUGGGCAUGUUUAUGGGCAUUCAGGCCUCUAUUCUCCUUGUGCAGCACUAUCUUGGAUCUAGGUGCUUCAUUCCUCGUCAGAUUUUGCCAGAGAAGUAUAGCUAUUAUAGAAAGUUUGAUCCGGAUAAAGUUCAACCUAUUGACUGUGUUAUAUGCAUGACCUCCAUUGACCUAAGUCUGCGUUCGAACGAUUGCAUGGUGACGCCAUGUGAUCAUUUCUUUCAUUCGGGCUGUUUACAAAGAUGGAUGGACAUAAAAAUGGAGUGCCCCACUUGCCGGCGGUCGCUUCCUCCAGUCUAAGCAGAUUGUAUUGUUUAUAUGUUUAUAUGUAUUACGGAGUAAUACAGCUCUGCUGAACAAUGGCAACCCUAGUAGGAAAGGUAUAAUGUGAUUAUGCUGAAGUCGGCUCGUUUAGACACCCAAACUAACGUAGGAGAUUGCAAUCUUGAAUGUACACAAUACUCAUGAAGAAGAGUUCAUCAACGCAUUGCUUAUCUUUGUAAAUUUUAGUUCUUUCUAUUCACAAAUAUUAGAUUUACCUCUGAGAAGAAAUGAAGAAUGUGACUUCUGAAAUGCCAUCAAGAAUGGUUAUAGAUUCUUGGUGUUCACAAGCCAUAGUGUACAUGCACUCUCAAGGAUUAAUAAUAAAAAGCUCAAAAUAUUUGUGCUUUAAGGUCCUUUGUUUUUUUCUAUCUUAUAUUUCAGUCUCUACAUUUCAAAUGCAAUAACUAUGCAGGAACUGUAAUGUUGUGGAAAUUCCGACUUAUACAUGAGACAUUUUAAAAGAAAUGAAU